UAUGUAAAAAAUAUAUUUUGGGAUUUUAUUUAUUAAUUUCCAAUAAAAAUAUUGCAAAGAUUACUGAAAUAAAUAGUGAGUUCACUCGCAAGAAAGUUGGUUUGUUUGGUAACUUUAGUGUUAGUUUAAGGAAGUUAAGCAUUUUAUUAAAAUUUUAGAAAAAUAUGGCGUAUAUGUCCGAAUAUUACACAAACGCUAAAGCUCUCGCUCUUGUAGAGGUUGUUGAAAAAGAAAAAACUUACUAUGAAAUCAUCGAUUUCAAUAAAAUCGUUAGCAAGCAUGAUGUAAUUAAGUUAGAUAUUCGGGUGCUAGCGCCUUUCCAAGAUGGACUUGUUCGGUUGGGCGUAUUAAAAUCUAUUUCUAGUGAACUUUCCAGAUUGCUUACAUACAAAAAAUAUCUCGAAGAUAUACUUAAAAAUCCCACGUUAAAUCAUAAUACUCCAGGAACUAGCAAUUUCGAGACGAAUAGCAACGUAAAGUUUGUUAGAAGAUUGAGAUCAAAUUCAGCCGUGAAAAAUAAUUAGACACCCAAUUUUUCUGAUGAUUUAUCUAGUCCAGAGAAUAAUGUAAAAUAUUAAAUUAUCGGAAUAUGGGAAAAAUUUUAAGUAAAGUUUAG